AUGCUGCUAGACAGAGGGAUUGUUUUGGAUGAGACGUGUGUGAAGGCUCUUUCAGCCUCCCAAAGCGUUGAUGCAGCUACAUCAGCCCGAUUGCUUGAUUUGAUUUCAUCGUUGGAUUUCCAAGAUAGAAAGGACAUGCUUUUCUUGGCGUCUCUAAAUGGCAACGUGGGCCUGAUCAGGAAAAUCAUAGACACGUCGACGGACGGAGUCCAGGAACUUUGCUAUCGAUGUCUUAUGGGGUUGUUCGGUGAAAUGAGAUUCAACAAGGAGUAUAACUAUCCAGAAUGGAUGGAGGAGAGACGAGGGAGCCUUGAGGAGGUAUUCCAAGUACUGUUCAGUCCUAUCCAGGACAAGAAGAAAGUAGCUCAGUUGACCUCAAGGUGUGCAGGACAUGCCUAUCCAGUAGCUCUGAAGAUAGCUCUUGAUAAACACUCUCUGGACGAUACGGACAGGUAUCACUGGAAGGACUGUCUGCAGACAGCGUGUGUUUAUGGCGGUAGUGAGUGUGUCCGAGUCAUCCUUGAACAUAUUACCAUUACAGAAGGAAUCUAUGAAGGCAUUGCAGAUUGUUUCGAUUCAGCAGCCGCAUCGGUUAGAGACAGCUGUCUGAAGACUCAAUUAUUGCUGAAUUUUCUUGAUGACUUUGGUGAUAGCAUAGGGGGUGUUCCAUCGCUCCGUGAAACACUGAAUAGAUCAGCAGGAUACGGAUAUACUCCUCUGACUAAAGCGGCAGAACACGGCAACGUCGACACUGUGAAGAUACUGAUACGGAAAGGAGCUGAUGUCAACAUGGAAGAUGGUAAGGGCUUAACGCCUCUUCACAGAGCUGCUGGGAGAAAUGCUUCUGUUGAAUGUGUAACAGCUCUUCUUGAAGCUGGCGCCCUUGUAGACAAACGUACACCGGAUUCCAGAACCCCGUUAAUGGAAGCUGAGAGGCUUGACGUGGUUCAGAAGCUGGUAGCUGCUAAAUGUGACAUUAAUGCAACAGAUGAAGAUGGGAGAUCAGCUCUACACACGGUGGCCCUUUUCAGCAGCGUUGAUGUUCUUAAAUUUUUAUGCAACAAAGGAUGCAAUGUUGAUCAGCGAGAUGAGCGCGGCGUCACAGCAUAUCACCGUGCAGCAGAAUCUGGGGAGCUGGACAUACUGAAAUAUCUGCAUCAAAUGCAUGCUAAGCCGACAGUUGAUAUUGACGGAUGGUCAGUGCUUCACUACGCUUGCUGUUCCGUCAAUGAAACGAUGGAAAAGGUGCAGUUUCUGGUGGACACUGUGAAGGUGCCAAUCAAUACAAGAGAUGAGGAUGGAAGAACGGCGCUGUAUCCGGCAGUGCAGAGAGGUGAUGCAGAAGUGGUGGAGUUCCUGGUAGAAAGGGGGCUAAGUAUAAGGGACAGGGACAAGGAUGGCGACACAUAUCUACAUGCGGUAUUCAUCCGGUACUCCGAUCACGAUGAGGUAGUGAAGUUCUUAUUCAAAGCUAACGUUGAUGCAGAUUUGUGUAACAGUGAGGGCAACACUCCAUUGCAUCUGGCAUUGGAUUCAGGAUUGUGGAGCCUCUUCGAGGACCAUAUGAUGACUUUGAUUGAUAGAACUUCCAAAAUGAAUCAAAGAAAUCACGAAGGGAAGACACCUCUUCAUUUGGCGGCUUAUUCUGGCAAUGUAACGUUUCUCAAGCGAAUCCUUGACAAGGGAGCCGACAGAGACAUAAAGGAUUCAGAUGGAUGUAAAGCUAUCGAUCUGGUGCCAGAGGACGGAAAUGGCAAGGCGAUGAAGGCUCUUUUGUCCACAUCUGAGUUACCUGCUCGUGAAAUUGUAUAUCUCAGGCAGGGUCUGUCAACGGAAGACUAG